AUGGAGACGAUGGAACAACAAAGACAUUCACUCUCUUCUUUGCCUAUGCUCUCUAGGCUUGAGCAUGUGGAUUUCGUUAUAAAGAAUUUAGAAAGACAACAAAACCUUUCUAAAUGGAAAGAAGAAAGCGCAUCAUCUACCAACCGUGGUGUAAUCGAUAGAGGCGCCGCGGUUAGAGAAGCCUAUUUCAAAGGAUCGUUACUAGAUAGAAUCGCAGCUUUGGAAACCAGACUUUUUCAGAUAUGUUUGGAGUUGGAAUCGGGCAGUGCAUCUUCUGCUUCAACUGGAGGGUCCGGUGAAACAUCAAGCCAAAGGAUUAAGAGAGAUUUGACAAAGCCUUUACCCAUUUUCACUAGCAACGUUAAUCCUUUUCAUAUCCCCUUACAACAUCCACAAGAUCCUGAUGAAGCAGGACAUAAGAUUGAAGAAGAGAAAGAGGAAGAGAUGAAUGUUGAGAAACCAUUACUAAAGAAGAAUAAGAAGAAGGAUGCUAAUGAAACUUGCAAACCAAACAAGAAGACAAAAUCUCCCAAGAAAUGGUCUCGAUUUAACUUAUUAGGUUGCUAA